AUAUAACAGAAACCUUAUCUUUUGGCUAAUUAUGGCGUUUUCGUGACGAACAGCAAUAUAAAAGUUUCUGCGUUGACCAAUAUUCAUAUUUCGUAUUUGACGUUCCACAUUCGCAUACAAAAUGAAAGGUUUAAUUCUUAUCUGCGCGGCGUUAUUUGUUGUUUGCAUCCAAGGUGAAGACUGCCCACUCAAUAUUGUGGCCAUAGAAUGCACUCAUGUCAAUUGUUCACCUAAUUUUCACAAGGAGUGUGUAAACAAUAUCUGCACAUGCACUGUUAAUACAGACCCUGCCUGUACUACCCAAUCUGACUGUCAGACGGGCCACGGGGACUGUAACAUAUGGGGCGGAUGGCACUGUGUAGAUAACCUGUGUAGAUGUGGAGGCUUUGGAAAAUAAAAAAAAAAAAGUUACAUGCUGAAAUUAUUGCAAUAAAAGUUUUGCAUAAAUUA